AUGGACUCGCCAACGGACCCUGUCGUGAGCGGCAUGAUCAGCCGUAUCGAAGAACUUGCGAAUGAGACACUCUCCAAAGUUGACCGAAACCCAACAGGGUCCAAAGAACAACACUGCUCCAAGUAUUUGGUAGAAGCUGUGGAUCGCUGUCGUAGGGUCCUAAUCCAUUGCGUGAAGACCUAUGAUAGGAUCGAGAGGAAAAAAGAAGCUGCUGAACAGGCAGAGACAUUCUUCCCAUCUAUGCAGCACAUUCUGGACGCUGGUGUGUUUGCGGAAUUGAUGUAUUCGACCAGCUUAACGGAUCGAUCAUUUCAUGGAAAGUUUCUGCAGUUGGAGGAACUUGCUGCGUCUAUUGAUAAAAUAUGUGGCCAAUACGUGCCCCACGCCGGAUCCAAUACUAGACCAGCGCCUCCAAAUGAAUACUGGACUCGGAUGGAGGGUUUGAUAGACUAUGUGUUGAAACCCGGGGAACUGGGCCCCUGGAUCAACUUGGAUGAGGUUCGAGGCUGGAUCACAAGGUGCGAGAAGGAUCAUGGCCACUGUAAGGUGUCAGAGGCGAAUCAGCAGAUAUUCCAAGCUCGGCCAACAUGGCUGGUGGAUGUGCGAAGAAUGUGUCUAGUGAAGAGUGAGCCGGGACAGCGAUACGUUGCGCUGAGUUAUCUCUGCGCAACUGACGGCUUCAAGACUACAAAGAACAACAUCGCGGACCUUCAGAAACCUGGCACACUGCAGAAUAUUGCUGAAGCCGGUAUUGACGGCAAGAAGAUUACGCCCACGGUUCUACACGCAAUCCAGUUAACAGCCUGUCUUGGAGAGAAUUACCUCUGGGUUGACUCUCUCUGUCUUACACACGACGACCAGCCGCUGCUACACCAAGAGCUAGUCAACAUGGGAUCAAUCUUUACCAAUGCGGCAUUCACCAUUGUCGUGCCUUCUACACCAGCGUCUUCAGGUCUCUACGGGAUUCAAGACGUCACGCCAUCAAUUGCCAAGAGACAAUACCACCGGCCACUUUGGUGGGAAAAGCCUUCAAACGUGUCCAAGCGCAUCGAGGAGCAGCAAAAGGUGCUUCUAUCCCAGGGCUGGGGGUCUCCCUGGCGCAAACGUGCCUGGACAUACCAAGAACACAUGUUUUCAAGGAAACUUCUCAUCUUGGACGAGAAUUCCGCGACGUGGAACUGCCAUUGCCAAGUAUAUUUUGAGGGUGUCACUGCCCCGGACCGACCAUGCGGGAAAUAUGAAGCCAAUGGACAAGGGUGGAAACUUACCAAUGCCAAGUUUAAAGACUAUGCUACACAUGUAUCUUCGUAUAAUACGCGAUUGCUUACACAUGAGAAGGAGUCUUUGCAGGCCUUUGGGGGCAUCAUGUCCACUCUGCAGGCGGGCUGGGGAGGGAGCUGGGUAUCAGGCCUGCCAAGUGUGUUUUUUGACCUUGCGCUGUUGUGGUAUAAUGAGAAGCCGUUGAAGAAGAGAGUUGCCACUAAGUCUGGGCUAUUGGCACCGACUUGGUCCUGGGCUGUAUGGCAGGGAGAGGUUUCUUUCCUGGAUGAGCUCAAGGGGAAGGAUUGGAUCAAGUCUCUCGCAGACUGGAAGUUUGGUACAGCCACUGGACGCAACUGGACUCCAGUUGCAGGUCUUCAAAACUCGUCAGCAGGACAGGAAGGUCACGCCAAUCGGCCCGUGGAUGCUGGUAUUGCCAACGCCAUGGCCGGUUUAGAUAUUUCAGAGGGUUCUACCGCGGAUGUCGCCUCUGCCUUGUCCAAACUACACCUCGACGACUCUCAGACCCCGAGUACAAUUUACUUCACACCGUUUUUGCUCUCUGCCAAAGUACAGCUUUUGAAACUUCACGUUAUGGAAUUUUCGACGGCGGGCAUCCCUCUUGUUAAUAAAGAUGACGAGUGUAUUGGGAUGAUCACGCCACACGAAACCAUAACCAGCAAAACGGAUGUGAAGAACAUCGUAGUGGAGGUGGUGAGUGUCUCAGAAAUGUGCAUUGACGGAAUGGAAUUGUAUAAUGUUCUUUGGAUUGAGCGGGUAGACGGCAUAGCCUUCAGAAAGGGUGUGGGGAGGGUUGUCAAAGAAAUGUGGGUUGGUUUGAAGGCUGAAGUUGUAGACCUUGUGUUGGGCUAG